AUGCGGAAUAAGCUCAUCGUAUACACCAUGAAUUUCCCCUACGAGAGUAAGGUUUUUGGAGAUAGCCCCACUUUUAAAGAUUUUCGGGUUGUAUAUAACAGUCUUUGUGUUACUACAAAGCUCUGCUUGUUGUGUUUUGCUGUGUUUCCAGCAAAUGAGGUUAUAAAGAAGAGGCUUUUGGUACAUUGGUGGAUUGGAGAAGGGUUCCUGAACCCUCCUGUUGAUGGCAAAGAGACGGUCGUGGAAAUUGCGGAUGGUGUAUUUGAAGAGUUAACAAAGAAGGGCUGCAUUGAACCUGUUUACAAGAAACGGAGAUCAGUUGUGCGUAGUUUUAAAAUGCACCGUCUUAACCGUUCCGCAGUGAUUGUGAUUGCCAAAGAUGUGAGAUUCGUUGAUUUUGAUAGUAAGGGAAAUCCCACUGCCAACUUUUCAUGGUCUCACCGGGCUUGCUUGAUGAAUGGUUCUUCUCAUCUGACAUUGGCAAACAGACCCGAUUUGGAUCCAGAGAAGCUGCAGACUAUAUUCAAUGUGAAUGAGGCUUAUCCAGAUUUUUCCGAAGUUGACUGGUCUAGGUUAAGGAAUGUGAAGGUUCUUUAUCUUGGAAGGUGGCACAACAGAGCUAAUCAUCACAUUGAAGUAGAUGACGUUGAAUUCUUUAAAGGGUUGAGGUAUAUGAGACAUUUGAUUUUCUUCAGCCUACGAGGGAUAUCUAGGAUUAUGGAGCUUCCUGAUUCACUGUGCAAGCUUUCUAGUCUGAGGAUCUUGGAUCUUAGUGCAUGCAACAAUUUAGAAAUACUUCCAGAGACAAUAGGCUCGCUUAAGAGGCUCACUCAUUUGGAUAUGUCUGAGUGUUACUUGCUGGAGCACAUGCCUAAGGGGAAUAUUGCCUUGCUCUCAGAACUCCAAGUUCUUAAAGGAUUCAUAAUUUGUGAUCAUAAGAAUGAUAGAUCAUGUACUCUUCAUGAUUUGUCAGCUUUGAAGAAGUUGAGGAAAUUGGCAAUCAACACAAGCAGGGAGGAUUUUCCCCGAGAAGAAGAGCUAAUUGUUUUCCAACAGUUUGGAUCGCUUCGAAAGCUAACAAUAGCAUGGGGAGGGUUAUACCUCCCAGCCAUCCAGCUGGAUAAACGUAUUAAGCUGGAGAAUAUUGCUGCUCGACCCACAACAUCAAACACUUUGAAGAGUAGUGGAGGUAACCAUACACAAGACAAUGCUGCACCAGAGCCAGCAACACCAACUGGCAUAAGAAACUAUAUCCCUAAAAUCCCUUCAAGUUUAUCAGCCUUCAAGCGAAUGACUAAAACUACUACCAGGAAUCAGGAACAUUUUAAAGAACUAGAGAAGCUGGAUCUGCAGUGCUACCCUCAGAUGACAGCACCCAGUUGGUUGAUGCCUGGAAAGCUUAAGAGUCUAAAGAAACUCUACAUUAGAGGAGGACAGCUCCAAAAUCUAGGUCAAGUUCACGAGAAUGACAAGUGGACAAUUAUGAUUUUACGUCUGAAGUUCUUUAGUGAAUUAAACCUGGAUUGGAAUGAACUCCAGGUGCCAUUUCCAUACUUAAUAUAUUUGGAGAAAUAUAGAUGCCCUAAGCUCACUUUCUUCCCAUGCGAUGCGAGUGGCCUAUGGCUGAAGCCCUGA